GCACCACACGCUGUGCCCACCUGCGCCAGGAUGCCCGCGGCCAUGCUGCCCGCCUGCUUCCUCAGCCUGCUGGCCUUCUCCUCUGCCUGCUACUUCCAGAACUGCCCCAGGGGCGGGAAGAGGGACCUGUUCGACCUGGAGCUGAGACAGUGCCUCCCCUGCGGCCCCGGGGGCAAAGGGCGCUGCUUCGGGCCCAGCAUCUGCUGCGGGGACGAGCUGGGCUGCUUCCUGGGCACGGCCGAGGCGCUGCGCUGCCAGGAGGAGACCUACCUGCCGUCGCCCUGCCAGUCCGGCCAGAAGCCCUGCGGAAACGGGGGCCGCUGCGCGGCCAACGGCGUCUGCUGCGAUGAAGAGAGCUGCGCCUACGAGCCCGAGUGCCGGGACGGCGCGGGCUUCCACCGCCGCGCGCGCUCCGCCGACCAGAGCAACGCGACCCAGCUGGACGGGCCCACCGGGGCCUUGCUGCUGCGGCUGGUGCAGCUGGCGCGGGCGCCCGAGCCCGCCCCGCCCGGCGUCCACUGAGCCCCUGCCUGUCGCGGUCCACCCCCUCCC